UCUGCCCGCCAGUGUCUACCGGAUCUGUCAGGUGAAAACCGCGCUCACGAGCCUGAGCCUCCGCGAGACCGUCUCCAAACCGUCAGCGCGCCUCAAGCGACCAGCAGCCGCUUACUUCGGGAAAUACAGAAGAGCGCCAACUUUACAGCAGGUGGUCCAGCUCUUAGAUAUACGUCUGGGAAAAGUCUGUUGUAUGAGAGAAAAGACAAACGCCGUCUUAAGCGACGUAGUUAUUCAAACUCGACUAGCGUCGAGAUUAAAACAAACAAACAGACGAGCAAAUUGUACGAAGAAAUCGGAGAGCUCGAGAUGAACUGAAAGCUACUCAUGAAAAUGGGUUGAAGAAAAGAAAACGCCGUUAAAGAGAGGUGUAAGUAGGAUUUUUUUAAACGUGGAGCCAUAUUUGUACAUUUUAUUUUGAAUAUAUAAAUCACUGACACUAUAUUGGAGAAGAAGAGGAGCGCGCGCCCGGCGCGUGCAAAUGUGUCAUAGACUUUUAAUGUGUCAGUCGCGAAUUGCUCUUCUGCUGCCUGUAUGAAGGCAGUUUACUGUUUUGAGAUGUUGGACAUUACAUUUAUGGUUCAGUUUUACAAAAUUUAACUUUUCUGUUAUUGAAGAAAGCUCUUUCUUCACGUUAUGUUUACAGUAUGUUGUCUUUCUCAAGCUAUACAGAUUUUAGUGGAUUUCAGGGAUUAGAUAUAUAUCUUUUUGCUGCUGUUCCCCAUUUUCCACUGUGCUACCUCAGCAUGUGGGAUUUGUGUGUAGCACAGCAAAUCUCAAGAUGACUGGAUUUUAUAAUGACUGGGUUUGUGGAAACGGUGAUCUGUAGAUGUUAUUUCUUCUGACUGUAAUAUAGCCAUUUAUUUACAUCACCUAUGAUUUCAUUUCAUCAAAUGGAUCUUUUUGUCUGGAAAAGCUAUAAGCUGAUGCCCAGAACAGUUCAUGUCUUUUUUUUAUUUAUACGUCAUCUUUCUUUACUAACUUGUUGAAGUACAAUCACUGCAGCUGAGAGGAUGCAAAUUAUUGACCUUUAAACUCCUUUGCUGAGAGCUGCGGUAACCACCCAUACUUUUUUUUUACAAUUGAAGGAUUCAUGGAUGAACGUUAAGAUGCUGUCGAUGCAUAUAACAUUGGUGCUUUAAAUGUUCUUUGCUGGUGUUUUUCAGUUGUUGAGACUCAAGUUGCAAUAUAUAGGAUAAAAGACAUUUCUAUCAAUUUUAUACCUUCAGGCUCUUUUGUUUUAUCUCCCCCCCCACUGAACUUAUCAGGUGGGGGGGGGAAGGGGUAAGGCCCAAACCAUGGAGUCCAACCCAGACAGCCCGAGUCGGGCUGUGGAGUAUCUUCUGGAGCUCAAUAACAUCAUCGAGAACCAGGCCAAACUUCUAGAGACGCAGCGUAAACGCAUCGAGGAGCUCGAAACGCAGUUAGACCGAGUCAACCAGGAGAACCAGGACCUGCGGCAGGACCGGACCCCAGGAACCGAGAACUCGACACAGAACCACAACUACAACCAGAGCUCAAAGCCCAGCCAGCCGUCAUCACUACCAAACCACAAUGCUGGAGGUGUCCAUCAGAACAGCAGCAGUAAUAUACCCUCGUCCACGGUGCCUGGUCCAGCUCGACGGACCCAAACCAGACUGACCCGAGGCCUGUCUUGUGGGUCAGCCCCUGUCGAGAAGGAGAGAGGACGACUGGAUCGAAAUGACAGCUCUGGGACCAACAACACCUCAACACUACGGAAACAUGAGGAGGAAACCCAGAGUUCAGCUUCACGUCCCUUUUCAGACAGUUCCAGCAGUAAAUCUCCUUACGUGCACAGCUCUGACCGUUACGGGGACAACAGCUGUGGCCCCCCAGGCCCUCGGGUGCCUUUUGUGCCCCCUCCAAGCCCAGCCAGCCUCGCCUGGGCACAGCGUACACGCAACCAACCAGCUAGCCUGGCCCUACGCAAGCAAGAGGAAGAAGAGAACAAGAGGUGCAAAGCCCUAUCAGACAGUUAUGAACUCUCUACAGACCUACAAGACAAGAAGGUGGAGAUGCUGGAGAAGAAAUAUGGAGGUUACUUUGUAAGUAGACGAGCAGCACGUACCAUCCAGACAGCAUUCCGUCAAUAUCGUAUGAACAAGAACUUUGAGCGCCUGCGCAGCUCAGCUUCUGAGAGCCGCAUGACACGGCGCAUCAUCCUUUCCAACAUGCGACUGCAGUACUCGUUUGAUGACCGACAGCCUCAACCUCCCACCCCGACUCACUAUAGUCACAGUCCAGGAAUGGGUCCUCCGCAUUCUCCAACCUGCACCACAGAGCCAAGCUCCCCAUCACGACCGGAAUACACCCACCUAGAGGACUCCUUCUCAAAACAAGUGAAGUCCUUGGCCGAUUCCAUUGAUGAUGCCCUAACGUGUCGACCACGCCGAGAUGAUUCCCAGGAAGGUAUAGGGGACGGAAGUGGUGUUGUAGAUGACUUCGGCGAGUGCAUAUGGAGUAGCAACAGCCACGUAUCCUUACGGAGAGGUCUUGGAGACAGGGAUCGAGGAGGUACAGGGGGCUUGAGCAUGCAUGAAGACAGCACAGCCACCUCCUACAGUGAUGUCACGCUUUACAUGGACGACGGUCUACCUUCCUCACCGCUUUCUCUAGACCGGGCCCCUAGCAGCACAGACACUGAGUUCUGGGGGGGUGUUGGAAGCGGGGUAGGUGGUAGGGAAGAUAGUCGUGACACAGAAGGAGGAGGAAGCAGCAAUAGCCGCCGAAGCACACCUUGCACAGAGUGCCGUGAUUACCGUUUACGGGGAGGUCACUUACCGUUACUUACAAUUGAACCACCUAGCGACAGCUCAGUGGACAUGAGCGACCGCUCAGACCGAGGCUCCCUUAGCAGACAACUAGUCUACGAGCAGGACUCAGCAGGAGGGUCACCUCAAGGGACACUAAAGCACAACCCAAAUGCUCGUUCGACAUCCUCGACAGCUGCACAAGGUCAAACACGUCCAGCUAGCCGUUCGAUACCAUCGCAUAUCCCACACCACAUGGCUCACCAUCAUCACCAUCACCACCACCAUCAUCAUCACCAGUACCCCGACACCCCUUCGUCCUCCUCCUCUCCUCAACAGCCCCCAACCACACCGCUCUCAUCCUCCUCUUCAGCGCCACUGCCUCCUGGUGGCUUGGAGCAGCAGUGCUGCUCAGAUGGUGAUAAUGACUCACUCAACUCCACCACAAACUCUAAUGAGACCAUUAAUUGCAGCUCAGGCUCCUCUUCAAGGGAUAGUCUGCGGGAGCCCUUGCCCCCAUUAGGGAAGCAGACCUACCAGAGAGAAAGUCGGCACAGCUGGGACUCUCCUGCCUUUAACAACGACGUAGUUCAGAGAAGACAAUAUCGCAUCGGACUCAACCUCUUCAACAAGAAACCAGAAAAGGGUAUUCAGUACCUAAUUGAGAAGGGCUUUGUGUCAGACACACCAGUGGGCAUCGCUCGCUUUAUCCUGGAGAGAAAAGGCCUGAGUCGCCAGAUGAUUGGAGAGUUUCUUGGAAACAGACAGAAACAGUUCAACAAAGAUGUAUUGGAUUGUGUUGUGGAUGAAAUGGACUUUUCGGGAAUGGAUCUCGAUGAUGCCUUGAGGAAAUUUCAAGCACAGAUAAAAGUCCAAGGAGAGGCCCAAAAAGUGGAAAGAUUAAUUGAGGCAUUCAGUCAGAGGUAUUGUGUUUGUAAUCCAGCACUGGUAAGACAGUUCCAGAACCCAGACACCAUCUUCAUCCUAGCUUUUGCCAUCAUCCUCCUCAACACAGACAUGUACAGCCCCAAUAUCAAAGCAGAGAGGAAGAUGAAGCUGGACGACUUCAUCAAAAACUUGAGAGGAGUGGAUAAUGGUCAGGACAUCCCACGUGACUUAUUGGUUGGAAUCUACCAGCGCAUUCAGAAAUGGGAACUGAGGACCAACGAUGACCAUGUAUCUCAGGUCCAGGCGGUGGAGAGAGUCAUAGUGGGCAAGAAACCUGUUCUGUCUCUGCCCCACCGCAGACUAGUGUGCUGCUGUCAGCUCUAUGAAGUCCCGGACCCCAACCGUCCUCAAAGGACUGGUGUUCACCAGAGAGAGGUCUUCCUCUUCAACGAUCUGCUUGUGGUUACAAAGAUCUUCCAGAAGAAGAAAACCUCCGUAACAUACAGUUUCAGACAGUCCUUCCCUCUGGUGGAGAUGCAGGUUCACAUGUUCCAGAACUCCUACUAUCCUCAUGGUGCCAGACUAACGUCAGCUAUCCCAGGUGGCGAGCGUAAAGUUUUGAUUGUGUUCACGGCCCCUAGUCAACAGGACCGCACACGCUUUGUCAGUGAUCUGAGGGAGAGCAUUGCUGAGGUCCAGGAAAUGGAGAAAUACAGAGUGGAGUCUGAGUUGGAGAAGCAGAAGGGAGUAAUGCGGCCCAGCCUGCUCACCAACAGCAUUAUGGCAGGAGGAGUGGGUGGGGUCAAGAAUGAAGUGGUGAAUGGCACUAUGGGAAGGCCUAGUCUGGAUGACAACUAUUCACCAGGAGAGGGCCUCAAACGUACUGCUCUCAGCUCCUCACUGAGGGACCUGUCUGAAUCAGGGAAACGUGGCCGCAGAAACAGCGUUGGUUCCCUUGACAGUACAAUGGAAGUAAGUCUGAGUGAAGCAGAGCAGUCCGCGGCCUCACCAGCGUUACCCAGUAGCCACUGUGCUCCCGGGAUGCUAUGGAACAGAAGACUUCCGGCCUCACCGCCCCAUCCUGAGCCCCGGAGUGGGGGUGGGGGGUGGGCCGGGGCAGCAACACACACCUGCGGUGACUGGCGCUGGGCCAGCCUCCAGCAGCACCGAGAGAGGAACGACUGGAAUGGGGACUGGGAGCAACAGCAACAACACCGGAUCCUUCCUGGGCUCCCUAUUUGGGGGCAAGCGAUCCAAAGCACCGGGUCCUAUUAUCCCCCCGGGGCCACCCUACCCCGCCCCUGUGGCCCCACCGACUACAGGAGGGCCGCCGCCUCUGUCCCCGUCCUCGCUGUGCCCGGGAGAGGCCGGGGGGCCUUCCAAGAUCCAGGCCCUGCACGCCCAGUACUGCCACACUACCAGCAACAGUGUCAGUGGGCAGCCUCCGCCCCCGUACUACCACCACCAUCGCUUUCAUACACAGACCGUACCCUCGUCUGGGCAGCAGGGCCUCCAUACUCUUCAGCGGGUCACCUUACCUCGACGGCCGCACCCCAACCCCUCCGCGCACUCCCCAUACCAGCCGAUCUCCCAGCAUACUUUGCAGGGUCGCUACGGGAGCAUGGGCAACAUGGGCUCCGGCCUCCCUCCCCCCCUUUCUCCUCACUCCCCACUCUCCCCUCACCCGCAGUUUGCGCUCUUCCACACGCAGCCCACACACUCGGCCAGAGGGGGCGCCAUCAGCAAGCCGCCUCUCACGCUGUCACACUCGCAGCCGCACCCGCACGCACACUCCCAUCCCGCCCACGUGCACACGCCGCACCCGGGCUCCCACCCCGUGCACCAGCCUCACUUCGUCUUCGCCAGCCCUCCUCCUCCGCCCUUCCCUGCUCCCACUCAGCCGCCUCUAGUCUCCGCGUCCGGCACUGUCCACCACGCGCCGCCGGCCGCCCAGUAUCUGCCCCAGUAUCCUCCGUUGUCCUCCAUCCCCCCUCCCCCCCUCCACUCCCCUUUACCCCCCCCUUCCUCCCCCCUUACCCCUCUUACGCCUCUCUCCCCUCUCCCCCCCCAGCACCAAGGCCCCCCUUCACAGGCCGGGGGGCAACAAGGGCCCUCACCAGCUCAGACUGGAGCCGUACCUGGGGGGACGGGCACGGUCGAACGCGCCAAAUCCAAACCUACCAACCGGAUCAGCACGGUAGUGUGAGCCGGGGGAAGUCGCGAGGCUGGGGGUCGCUGAAGGGUCCUUUGGUGGUUGGAGGGGGGACUGCCGCGAGGCUGGAGGAGGCGGGUGGAGGCAGGGCCAAAGGCGAUAACAACACCAGUGGGAAAAAGAAACGCAGCCUGCUAAGGCUCUGCUACUUUCACCUGCGCUUCCCUCAAGUGUAACCGAAGGGACUUACCGAGCCAAAACAGCACAAACAGCACAGAUAUGUCAUACCGAUAGUUGGAGGCUCUCAGGUAGAUCAGUGCUGUGGGAUAUACUCUCGACAACAAUAACGAAAAACAUAUUUGCUUUCAGUUCAGCUGUUGUAGAUGUCAUUGAUUUGGCGGUCGAGCCAAAUCCCUUCUUGGCUACUUCUCCUUAAAUCUCAUAUUCAUACAAGAAGUAAUUGACUAAAGCAUGUAAAGAGAUUACAGACAUGUGGACAUGCACACACAGACUUGAACAUAAAACUGUCCACAGGCUUGCUUCAGUUGCAUAUAGCCUUGAAUUUAGGGUAAAAUGGUUGUUGGAGAAACUGUUAGCUUCACCUGGGAACCUGUUUAGGAAAUGUGAAGACCAGAGACCAUACAAAUAAUGCUGUGCUGGAUAUGAAGAUCAAAGCACAGUACAAUGAUUUCAUACAUUCCACUAAUCAUUAGUCAAUAGCAUUUGCAAGAUGCAAUAAUCUUUUCACUAAAUUGAUGUCCAGCUUCUACUUGCUAAAUAAUUUUAAAUGCUCUAUUGCUCUUUUUGUACACAUCUAUAACGGCGAUAUAUUUGAGUGUUAAUAGAGAUAUAUCUACUAAGCAAAUAUCUUACACCCGGUAUGAUUGUUUGAAGUAUGUCAGUAUUGGCCUGACCUCUUCCACUCCCAAGUCUAGUCAGCUGUAAAAAGCCUUAUACUGUAUGCGGAUGUGCUGUUUGUAAUCAUCCUAGAACCACUGUCCAUCAGAAUUAUUAACCUAUGUAUAUAAAAUUAUACGAAAAGUUAUCACAAAAUUAUAUAUCAGUAAUGUUAUACGACACUUUAUCUAUGAACUUGUUCAUACCUACAGUAUGCACCAAUACCAUGUCUCAGAAAAAGAAUAUCUAUUUAAAUAAGUUCCUAAUUUGAUCCAUUAUUCUGCUCAUUUUGGUGAAAAAUUCUUUAUUAAUGUCAAUUUUAUGUUAAAUUCAAAGCAUUGUGCUUAAAAUAUCAACAUUUUCUCAUGGCAGCAUUAUUUUUAGUCUACAUUGUUACUUUUUAUUUAACCGCUGGGUGAUGACCAUUAUCACCGAUGUCUAAAUUCUAAGCUCAUUUCUAGUAAAGUUGUCAAGGCCCGAAUGUGAAAACAAAAGUCACUUUAUAAACGAAUGGGUUUUCUGAACUAUAUUAAAUUAAUAUAUCUCUAUUAAACAAAAAACAUUUUCCAGCUGAAGUAUUUUUACCUAUGAGGGCUAGCGGCACAGUUUGAAGGAAACAUUCCACAAAAGAUUGUUGCCUCUCUAUUUGUCAUCGAUCUUCAUGUCUAAAAUGCCUGUAUUAUGCAGUUUCCAUUGGGUCCUUGCGUUAAUACUGCCAAUCAUACUUUACAAGCCGUUUCUGAUUAUAUUUUACGCUGUUAUAUGAAUGUUUGCUAUGAAUUUCAAUUUGAAUGAAUAUAACUAUUCUUCUUUUAUGUUUUAAAAACUACAGAUGAUAUAAAUUUGACAAAAUACCAGAGAUACUUGUAAAUAGGAAACGUUUUCCCAUGCUUUGACAUUCAACAGUGAAGUGUCAAAGAUGUGUUUUAUUGUUAUUGAUGAUUUUUAUGGACAAACACACUUGUCUUUACAAGUGUCCUUGAAUGUUGGAGACUUUGUUAUGGGUAUUAUUUAAUUUUUUUUAAACAGAAGUUGUGUACCAGUCAUGAUGUUUUUGAUUCAGCUUUGUGUGCUGUUAAUUUUUGGUUCGGGCAACCAGACCGCCUGUUUUGACCUGAUAAAAACAUACCGCCAUACUUCCGGUUUUAUUUCCUCUGUAUGAAUAAUUGAGGAGAGGAACCAGUAUAACUGAAUGAUAACAUUAAUACAAGGAUUCCAGUUUACCUGUAUGAGAAAUCAAGGUAAAUUAGCCUUAAGAAAGGCCUUAGUGUAAGUACUGCUUGAAGAUUUUGUUUGUGUGGAUGCAUAACGUGAUAUACAAGUGCAGUUAUAUAUUUCUGGACUGGGUUUAAAUGCAGAUGCUCAGUAUUAUUUGUCUUGAUGUGAUGCUCAGUUAUUGUGUGUAAGAUAUUUAUGCCCUUUUGCUACCCUUUCAAAACAGCAUUUCUUUAUACGUUCUCCUGAAUAUGCUAAUUACAUACGAUCAGCACUCCACAGUACUAAACAGCACAGUAUAAGUGGAAAUGGGGCUACUACAGUUACAUACGGUUACGUACAUAGCCAGAUACCAAUGUGAGAUGAGAGAGAGAAUAUAAAGAUUAGAAAUCCAUAACUUAUUAAUUUCAUUUAUUUUAAUCUUUUUCCGUCUUCCCACUGUGAAUUUUAUUGCAUGAGUAUGUCUGCAUUUACUGAGCUCUGUAACAAACUGUACAUAGACUGUCAUAGUAUGAUUUAAUAUUGACAGUGGAAUGGAAAGUGUCAGAGGUGUAUGUGUGUGUGUGUGUGUGUGUGUGUGUGUGUGGGUGGGUUUGUUUGUGUGAAUGUGUAUGGGGAGGUGGCAUUCAGUGUAGAUGAUUAUUGCAUAUUUAUUUUGAUCCAAGACAAUUAAUUUUAUCUGUAAACUUGUACAAGUGUGUAUGUCAAAGCAGAUUGAAGUGUAAUUUUGAAAAAAAAAAAAAAAAAGUAUAUGAAGUCAUCUUAUUUGUGUACAGAUACUAUAUGAAAUUAAGCAAAUUUGGAGAGAUGUGAAUAUUUAUUGCCUAAUAUUAUGAAUAAAAAUAUAUAAAGUGUCCUGACACAACUCAUUGUUCUGUGUGUCUCAUAUAUAAACAUAAUAAUUGAGGCCAAAUGAAAAUGAAUUUACUCUUAAUAAAAUUAUUUUACCCUUA